UAUUUACCGGAACAGAAAACUCCGGUACUAUUGUCCGGUAGAUUCAUUGUGUGCAUACUAAAUUAGCAUGAUCGCUUGACAGUAGAGUGGAUCCUUCUUUAACUCUCGACAAAAGGUAAUCCAUCAUCAUCACCACAGGGAGGCAGAGAAGGGAAGCAUUUAGAAACGAGUAUGAUUACAACCAUUCAUAUGAUCGAUUAAAAAAGAAAGAAUACGGAUCAAAUGAGGAUGGGGAAUGGAUGGAUAUUUUCGGAUGUCACCUUCUCUGCUUUUUUUCAUUCCUUGUGUCGCGUCAAAUAAACAGCCCAAUAUUGAUAUAAACAAGCUCAUAGAUCGCGAUGGCCAAGUCAAAGAACCACACCAACCACAACCAAAACAAGAAGGCUCACCGUAACGGUAUCAAGAAGCCCGCUACUCACAAGUACCGAUCUCAAAAGAGUUUGGAUGCCAAGUUCCUCCGUAACCAGCGUUUCGCUAAGAAGGGUACUGAAGCCGCUCUCGCUGCUGCUGGCAAGAAAUAAAUUCGCUUAUGAUGCUUUUCUUUAUUGAGAAAAAAAAUUGUAGAAUUUUAAAAUAAAUUGGAUCUUGUACAUGUUCAAUCUAUAUUCUUUUAAUAGUCAAUUUGCUAACAAAGGCUCUUUAGUAUAGACAUAUACACAAAAAGAGACUUACAUGCGCUCGACAAUAGUCUCUU